GGGGGUGGGUGCUUUGUUUUCGAAACUGUUUGUAACUGAUCAGGUGGAAAUAUACAAAUAAAAAAUAAUCGCCUGCAUGUUUCGACAAGGCUUUUUUUUACACUUCUUAAUUUAGUGGUGAGCUAACUAGGUGCCAGUGUAAUGGAUUCGCGGGUGUCGGAGCUUUUCGAAUCGGGAUCUGGACAGAAGUCUGGACCUCCAGGAGGAGUUGGGUCUAAUCCAGGAAAUGGUUUCGGAAACGUCUCUAAAAAAGCAUCUUCAAAGAAUAACAAGAAAGCAAGGGGCAGAUCCUCCAGAGGGUUCAAACCGAGCAAUAAUCCCCCCUAUCUACCUCCGGAGGCUGAAGAGGGAAAUAUAGAGUACAAGCUGAAGCUAGUGAACCCUACACAACACCGCUUUGAGCAUCUGGCCACACAAAUGAAAUGGCGUCUGCAAGAGGGACGGGGGGAAGCUGUCUAUCAAAUUGGUGUCGAGGACAAUGGCAUGUUGGUGGGCCUAUCAGAGGAAGAUAUGAGGGCAUCACUAAAGACCCUCCAUAGAAUGGCAGAGAAAGUUGGAGCUGACAUUACUGUCCUCAGAGAACGAGAGGUGGACUAUGACUCUGAUGUUCCUCGUAAGAUUGCUGAAGUGCUCAUUCGCAAAGUGCCAGAUGACCAGCAGUUUCUGGAUCUGCGAGUUGCCGUACUGGGUAAUGUUGACUCGGGUAAAUCCACACUGCUGGGCGUUCUGACACAGGGCGAGCUUGACAAUGGACGGGGGCGGGCAAGACUCAACCUCUUCAGACAUCUCCAUGAAAUCCAGACUGGACGUACUUCCAGCAUUAGCUUUGAGAUCCUUGGCUUCAACAGUAAAGGAGAGGUUGUGAACUACAGUGAGUCUCGGACAGCAGAGGAAAUCUGUGAGAGUGCAUCCAAAAUGAUCACAUUCAUUGAUCUGGCAGGCCACCACAAGUACCUCAAGACCACCAUCUUUGGCCUAACCAGUUAUUGCCCAGAUUUCGCCAUGUUGGUCGUCAGUGCAAAUACUGGAAUCGCUGGUACAACACGGGAGCACCUGGGGCUUGCCCUGGCCCUGAAGGUGCCAAUCUUCAUUGUGGUCAGUAAGGUGGACCUUUGCACACGGGCCACUGUGGAGCGCACAGUACGGCAGCUGGAGCGUGUCCUGAAGCAGCCGGGCUGCAACAAGGUGCCUCUGGUUGUAUGCAACACAGACGACGCCGUCACAGCAGCACAGCAGUUUGCCCAGUCCCCCAACAUCACGCCUAUUUUCACCUUGUCCAGUGUGUCUGGAGAGAGCCUGGACUUGCUCAAGGUCUUCUUCAACAUCAUCCCUCCCCUCAGCAACAGCAAGGAGCAGGAGGAGCUUAUGCAGCAGCUGACAGAGUUUCAGGUGGAUGAGAUAUACACAGUGCCUGAGGUGGGGACGGUGGUGGGAGGGACUCUAUACAGUGGUAUCUGCCGUGAGGGAGAACAGCUGGUCGUAGGGCCUACAGACUCAGGCCAGUUCCACAAGCUCACCAUCGGCAGCAUCCAGAGAAACCGCUCAGCAUGUAGGGUGCUCAGGGCUGGCCAGGCAGCCACGCUUGCGCUUGGGGAAUUUGAUCGGUCGCUUCUACGUAAGGGCAUGGUGAUGGUGAGUCCAGAGAUGGACCCCACUAUCUGCUGGCUGUUUGAGGCUGAGAUCGUACUACUGUUCCAUGCCAAAACCUUUCAUAAGGGCUUUCAGGUCACUGUGCAUGUUGGCAAUGUAAGACAGACCGCUACUGUGGUGGCUGUGCAUGGCAAGGAGGAGCUGAGGACAGGGGAGAAGGCGGUAGUUCGCUUCAGGUUCAUCAAACACCCAGAAUACCUAAAGGUGGGAGCCAAGCUGCUCUUCAGAGAGGGUGCGACCAAGGGCAUUGGCCAUGUCACCAAGCUACAGCCAGUCUCUCAGUACCGCCCAUCCCACAGUGAGGACGAGGUAGCCUAGAAGGCCAUCUCGCCCAUCCCACAGUGAGGACGAGGUAGCCUAGAAGGCCAAAAAGAACACAGGGUCCAGGAGAA